CAGCCUCUGCGCCGCUGCGUCACUUCCGCCGUCGACUCUCAGCGGGCAAGAUGGCGGAGGGUCCUGAGGCUGUGCUUCAGCUCCCUUCCUCGGCGGCCGCGGCCGGCGGCGAGAGCCUUUCGGAGCUCUCCCCCGAAACAGCCACCCCGGAGCCCCCAUCUUCGGCCGCAGUCUCGCCGGGGACGGAGGAGCCUCCUGGUGACACCAAGAAAAAAAUUAGCCGUAUCCAGCUGACUUUCAAAGGUUUCCUUUAAGAUGGAAGCACCAGGCUGAGAGUGGUGACAUGCACUUUUAAUCCCAGCACUCAGAAGCCUGAGGCAAGCAGAUCUCUGUGAGUUCAAGACCAGCCCGGGCCAAAAAUAAAAACAAAAGAAUUCUGUUUAAGUCAAAGCUUUAGUCCUUCACACUGAUGAUUGCUGUACAAAAAACAAACAAACAAACAAAAAACCUAGAAAUGGCCCAUAAUCCAAGAUACUGCCUGAGGUGACUGUUUAUUUGGGUCUCCAUAUUUUCUUUUCUUUUUGACAAAUAUCUUUUUGUAGACAAUUUGAUGAUGAGAUAUUUCACAUUUCCACUGUAAUUUACAGAAGGAUUGCUGAAACAGGUUAUUGGCUGGCCCAGGUGGCACAGUAUUACAGGCUUCCCUCGGCCAAACUUUUGAAUGCCCAUGCUAAGGUCUUACUUUGCAAAGGAUUUUGAUUGCUGUGCAUAUUAACUGUUCUCCAGGUGACUCCAAUGUGUAGUCAGGGUUCUGAGCUACCAGCAAGUCAUUUUGGGAAUUAAGACUGCAGCUGUAAUUAUAAUUACUAUAAAUUACUACAUCUCUAGCUUCUUGCCCUCUGGCUCUUCUUUCUUUAGUAGUAGUACAACUCAGUGCCUAAUUGCUGCCUAGUUAUUGAUUGCUCCAGGGGGUUGAGGGAACUGGGGAGGAAGGUAUGAAAGAUAGGCUAACCAAAAUCACCUUUAUGCCUUCCUCACUCAGUCUUAUUCCCAAAUUAACUGAAAGGACACUUACAGAGUUCUUUUCCAGGAAGAUAAGCUGCAUCGUAUGUUCUAGAUGGCUAUAUUUCAUUUCAGGAAGAAACUUGAUCUCCUGGAACUCAGGCUGUAGACCAGGCUAGCCUCAAAUUCCCAGAAAUUUGCCUGCCUUUGCCUCUGCUUCCUGAGUGCUAGAAUUAAAGGUGUAUAUUGCCACACCUGGUGUCAGGAGGAAACUAAACUUGAAUAAAUUGAUCCCAACUUUGAAUA